AUGACUUGGGUGGCAGAUGGGGAGAUGAGGACAGCAAGAAUGGAACAUGGCCCUGCUCUCACUGUUGCCCAAGUUACACGUUCCUCAGUUCAUAGUUUUGGUCAGAUUUUUCCUCCAAGCCUUUUAAAAAAUCUUGACAGUGAUAGACAUUGGGAGUUUAUGUCAAACCAGGAAAAAGCUGUUAUUAAAACGGGUUUGCAGCUUCAGUUUGGCCCCAACAGACUUUUGCAUUCAGCGGCUGUAUCAAAAGGGUCAGGCCUUCAUGAUUGUUCUACACAUCAAACAGCAUCAGAUCACAGUCAGGAGGAACCAUCAAACCCAGAUAGCUGCAAAUCCAAGAGUAAAAACAAUUCUUGUUUUAUGUCGGCAUCCAAGAGAAACAGACCUGUCAGUGUGCCAGUGGGUCAGCCGAGAGCAUCAGAGUCCUCUCUAAAUCUGAAGUCACCCCACAAUUGCCAAGUGGGAUAUAAAUUUCAACGAAGAGUCAUUAGAGUGACGGCUUACAAAAAUGGAUCUGGAACAACCUUCGCCAAAAUUACUGCACCAACCAUCGCCUUGUUGCUGGAAGCGUGCACACACAAGCUGAAUCUGAACAUGGCCGCACGACGAGUGUUCUUGGCAGACGGCUCAGAAGCCUUCAAACCUGAAGAUAUACCCCAUGAAGCCAAUGUUUAUAUUUCAACAGGAGAGCCCUUUUUAGAUCCAUUCAAAAAACUUAAAGACCAUCUGCUGUUAACGAAGAAAGUGACUUGGACAAUGCAUGGGUUGAUGCUUCCCACUGAUGUCAAAAGACAGAAAACUAAGCCGGCACUUUCCCGAAGGAUGAAGACACUUGCUCAGAAGACUGCAGUACGAAUUCUAGUCUUUAAGAAUGGCAUGGGGCAGGAUGGGCAUGAGAUUACAGUGGGAAAGGAAACAAUGAGGAAGGUUUUAGAUGUCUGCACAAUGAAAAUGAAUCUAGAUUCACCUGCCAGAUAUAUUUAUGAUAUGAGUGGUAGAAAAGUUGAAGAUAUUUCAAAAGUUCCUGUGCUUGAAAAAUGCCUGCAAGAUUCCAUCACACCUUUGCGGGGACCACUUUGGGUCUCUAAGGGAGAAGGUUUCAGUCCCUCGGGUGCUAAGAUGUACAUCCAAGGAGUUCUUGGGGCCUUAUAUCCACGACUAAAGUCUGCAAAAAAUUAUUACAAGCAGUUGGACUUAGUCCUGAAUGAACAGAAAGCCAAGAUCACAGCAAAGGCCAUUCUUUCCAUGACACCAGAGGAAUACCAGAAGUCACGAGAAGAUGUGAGCAUGCUGAUUGAUGAAUUGCAGACAGCCAUCAAAAGCAACAAAGGUCAUCUCGCUAAGCUUGGCCCCCAAUUACAGACUGAGCAGGAGCAGUUCUCCUCUUAUGUCUGCCAACACAUUAAGAGCCUUCCAGCAAACACCAUGGUCCCAGGAGGCCUGCAUCUCAAGGUAUUUGAAAAUGGUAAAGACACUGGAGAGAUCUCUGUUUACAUCAGUAGAAAAGACUUAAAGUGUGAUAGCCCAGCCCAAGGUGACGAAACAAUGCAAAGAUUACUUCUCAGAAUCCAUCAACAGCUUCAAGGUUCCUCCAUCAAGUCACAAGGCCUCCGCUUGUCUUCAGCCCGGAUUUUCGAUGAGCAUGGUCAAGAGAUUAAGAGUCCACUGCAGCUGAAGAAUGGGCAAAAAAUUGGGCUUUCAUAUGGGAAAGCAUACAGAUCUCCACUAAGCCCUGUUUUGGCUCUAACCUUUGACCGAGUAGCUGCUUUUGCCAGAGAUGGCACCAUGGCUGUCUAUAAGACCUUUAUGGAUGAUGCUGCCCUGCUAUUUGGAUGUGAUGAUUGGGAAGUUUGUGAGGGAUUUCCAGUGAACACUGAGUGCAGCAGUCAACAGAUCCCUGAUUUCCUUGGAAAGGUGACCUGGGAGAGUCAUUUCCUACAGAACAAGGUUAGAGCACAUGUGCUGUGA